UUACUCGACGUACAAGACUUUAGGGUUUUUGGGGUCUGAUAAAGACUUUGCCGCGACUGCUGCUACGCAAUCGUGCUCUCUCCUCGAUGGUCCUCUCGAAGAAGAAGCUCAAGAAGAAGCUCCGGCACCUCGUCGCGGAGUCCCAAUCCCAGGUGGAAUCCGAAGGUGCUGGCAAGGGCGUCAACGAGGAGCUUCAGACAAUCAAGGAGAUCUUGAAAUCCAAUUUCAAGAAGCGACCGAAGCGGAAAAGACCGUCCAACGACCAGGAAAAAGUCCCCUUUACGGAAGAAGAAGAGAAAGAUGCCACCUCCCAGUCGGGUGAUGUGAAGGAGCAGAAUAAGAGUAAGAAACGGAAAAGAGAUGGCGGUGCUGCGGCGGUGCCUGUAGAUGGUGAAGACAAAAAGAGUGAAGGCAAGAAGAGAAAAGAGAGGAAGAAACCGAGAUGGAAAAAGGGAGAGGAAAGUGUCAAGAGCGGCGGGGAAGAACAGGGAAGUUCAAUUGCUCCUGACAACGAGAAAGGAACAGCGGAACCAAACAAUGUCGAACAGAGUGAAGAAAACACAAAGGUUUAUGUUGGUGGGAUUCCGUAUUACUGGAGUGAGGAUGACAUCAGGACCUACUUCGAUGGUUGUGGAAUUGUGACUGACAUGGAUUGUAUGACUUUCCCAGAGAGUGGAAAGUUCAGAGGGAUCACCAUUCUUACUUUCAAGACAGAAGAUGCUGCAAAGAAGGCUCUAGCUCUUGAUGGUGCUGAUAUGGAUGGGUUCUAUCUCAAGAUACAACCUUAUAAAUCCAAUCGCCACCAUAAAACUGAUUUUGCACCUGAAAUUAUUGAAGGCUAUAAUAGAAUCUAUAUCGGGAAUCUUUCAUGGGAUAUAACAGAAGAUGACUUGAGAAACCUCUUCUCUGAUUGCAAAAUCUCUUCCAUCCGGUUUGGUACAGAUAAGGUCACAGGUGAUUUUAAAGGUUAUGCACAUGCUGACUUUGAUAAUGGCGCCUCCGUAAACAUUGCCUUGAAGCUUGAUCAGACAGUGGUUUGUGGGAGGCCAGUUAGGAUCAGGUGUGCAGUUCCUGCAAAGGAAGUUGAAAAGAAGACGAGUCUGAAGCCUGUUAUGAAGAAAGAUGAGAGUAAACAAAUUGGAGAAAGCGCAAAAAAGAAAAGACGGACAUGCUACGUAUGUGGUGUACCAGGCCAUCUAUCUUCAUCUUGCCCGAAAAAUGUUGCAUCUCCUGGCAUUGAGAAGUAGAGUCGGAUUCUUGAAUCCGUUUCCCAUCAUUCGAUGGAUGUUGCCUUCCAUUUGCUAUUUUGUUUGCCUGUUGAGGUUUUGCCAGUCCUCCAAGAUGCUGGACUGAUAAUUAUUUUUUCUUCUGAAAUGCUAAUCAGAUGUUUGAUAAUUCUAGCCAAUAUUCCUUAAUUCUGUCUUGUAGAAAACUAUACUUGGCAUGUACUUACAGAGUUGUGAUGAUUAAAACAGGAAUUUUGUUGUCUUAUUUUCAUCCAUGAACCUUUUGUAUAAGAUUGGAUCAGGUUAUUUUCAUCCUUAAUUCAAUGAAGUCGAAUUGCUUUCCACAAACAA